AUGACGAGCAAAGAUGGAGCACCACCACAAGAAUUGUUUUUUCGCUUAUCAGGACUUGGCGAUAGUCCAUGGGAAAUAGGUCAAGCUCAGCCAGUCAUUAUUAAACUUGUUGAACAAGGUGCUUUUCAUGGUAAAGUACUUGAUAUUGGUUGUGGCAUAGGCGAUAAUGCAAUUUAUAUUGUAACUCAUGCAAACAAUAUUAGUCUCACAGCCAUUGACCUUGUACCCAGAGCAGUUGAAUUUGCUCGUGAAAAAGCUGAAAAAGUGAAUGUUAAUAUUCAAUUUGAAGUGGCCAAUAUGCUUGAUGAUCUUUCAAAAACAAAUUUAAAACAACAUUCAUACGAUGUUCUACUUGAUUCAGCGAUUUUUCAUGCAUUUUCAAAUGAUGAUCGUUUAACUUAUAUCAAAAAUCUUGAAUAUUUAAUCAAACCGAAUGGCCUUUAUAUUCAAAUAGUGUAUAGUGAAAAGGAAACACGUGAAGGUGGUCCGCGUCGCAUCCAAAAAUCUGAUAUAAAUGAAUUAUUUUCACCCGCGAACGGUUGGGCGGUUGAAUCUAUUGAAGAUGCUGUUUAUGAAGCUAGACCUGACGCGCCAAUUGGACCAAAUGGUCGUGCUUAUCUUUCAUUCAUUCGACGCAAUCAAAAUACUCAGCAAUGA